CCGCGCUGCGCCCCACCACGCCUCUCCGACGUGCCCGCCGCCUCUCUGCAGCUGUCUCCGGACUCCGGCCACCGCUUCUCCUCGCCAUGGAUCCCGACUGCUCCUGCGCCACCGGUGGCUCCUGCUCGUGCGCCGGCUCCUGCAAAUGCAAAGCCUGCAGAUGCACCUCCUGCAAGAAGAGCUGCUGCUCCUGCUGCCCCGCGGGCUGUGCCAAGUGUGCCCAGGGCUGCAUCUGCAAAGGGGCAUCGGACAAGUGCAGCUGCUGCGCCUGAUGUGGGGGAGCGCCUGUCCCCCAUGUAAAUAGAGCAACAUGUACAAACCUGCCGUUC